AAUUGGGCCAGCAACCGCACUCCCGUUCAGCUCCGUUCCUGCUCCUGCGGCCGCCGGGAUGACGUCGCAGUUAGAGAACGCGAUGGAAGCCCUUAUUGCUGUCUUCCACAGCUACUCCGGCAAGGAAGGCGAUAAGUAUAAGCUGAGCAAAAAAGAAUUGAAGGAAUUGCUGCAGAACGAGCUCAGCUGCUUCUUGGGGGCCCAGAGGGACACGGAAGCCGUGGACAAGAUCAUGCACGACCUGGACGAGAACGGCGACGGCGAGGUGGACUUUCAAGAGUUCGUGGUCCUGGUGGCUGUCCUGACAGUGGCCAGCAACACGUUCUUCUGGGAGAACACCUGAGCCAGAGGGGGGGGCUCAAGCCUUGGGGGCUCGGCGGCUCUUCGCUGCCCCUUUCCGACACCUUUUCUGCUCUCGCGGCCUCUCUGCCCGGCUGGGACGCGAGGGAGCACCUUCUGGGGCCAUGUAACCCGCCUGCUGAGACAGCGCUGCCUAUUAAA